AUGCCGGCCGCUCCGUUCGUACCCCCUCAGCAGCCGCCGUAUCAUCCUCAGCAGCAGCCAUACCCCCAGUACCCGCCGCAGCAGCAGUAUGCUCAGUUUCAAGGUCAUUAUUUCCCCGCUACUAAUCCUUUGCAGCAGCCGGUGGUGUCACAGGUACCACAGCAGGUUAUUCCGCCGGCGCAGCCAGGGCAGCAGAAGAAGAGGAGGAAGAAGAAACCCGUCGUAGCGGUGGGGACAGCGGGAGGUGGUACUGUUGCGCCGCCAGCUCUUAUGCAGGGUCACAUGCAGGACCCACACCCGGCUGUUGGGCCUUCGGCAGUGUUGGAGACGGUUCCUGCACCGCUGAUGCCGGUUGUUCCACCGGUGGAUGCUGCGCCUGCGGCGACUGCACCUGUGGUGAAACCGAAGAAAGCGGGUCGCUGUUGGAAGUGCGCGGUCAACACUCAUGCUUCUAAGGACUGUAAGGUUCCUCAUUACUGCUUGGUUUGUGACUCUGGGGCUCAUCCGACUAUUCGUUGCCCUGUGCUGAAGACCCCGAGACCUAUGAGUUUUUUUGUGGGUUGCGGUAAUGACGCCACGCUAGAUCUCCAGGUUCCUGACUCAGUUUAUAAGCCACAGUUGUUAUCCAGCGGAGCACCUACAGCUUUGGUACAGGUGUCAGGGGAGGGGACUGUUGCAGCGGCAGAUAUUCAGAAUCUCAUGGCGCGCAUGUGUCCGGGGAAUCCCACUUGGAAGUGGGAGGCGCAGCCUCAUGGUGAUAACGCUUUUCUGAUUGGGAUCCCCACCGCUGAGGACUUGUCGAGGAUUGACGGCAUGCAGAUGAGCGUGCCGAAGAUUAAUGCACAGGCCAUGGUUUCUUCUUGGACUCAGCAGGAUGUUGUGCCAGAGUUUGUGAUGGAGCCUGUUUGGGUGCAUGUCGAGGGUGUUCCGAAUGCUCUACGCCACUUCCUCGGUCUUUGGGCUGUUGGUACGUUUGUUGGUACUACUGUUGAUGUGGAUUUGUACACCUUGAAGAGUCAAGGGAUAGUUCGUAUUCAGGUGGCCAUGAGAGAUACUUCUGUUCUGGAGAAAGAUAAGGCCAAGCACGGACCACCAUGCUUAGAGGUGCUGGCUCGCUUGCAGCUUAAUGGAUACAGGUUCAGAUUUCGCCGUGAGCCUUCUGAGUACGCGCCGGACCCUAGGUUUCGUCCUUUCUUUUGGAAGGGUGAAGAUGAGGAUGAUGCGGCUCAUGGUGACGAUGAUGGUUUUGAUGAUGCCGCGGCAGAGGGGGCACCAGGGGCCUCACUUAUGGACGUUGAUGGUCAUGCAUCUUUGCCUACUUCUGGCUCAGCUUCGGUGCCGGUUAAUCAGGUCGCCAUGACCCCGUUUAACCACUCGCCGACGACUGACAGGGGCAAGGCGAUUGUGGCUAGAGCUUUGUCGGUGUCGCCACACUUGGUGGCAACUCCGCCUCCGUCGCGUGUUCGGACUUUCAUGCAGGGGAGGACUCGUCCGGUGUCUUCGUCUCCUGCUUCUCUCGGUGGUCCUCUAGCUGCUCCCACUCCGUCUUCUACCUCGCCACAGAUGGAGAGGGGGCUGCUACGGGCUUCUUCUUCGACGGUUGGCUCGUCGGACUUGGGGGUGCAGCGACACGCCGCGGUGGUGGUGGAGCAGCAGCAGCCGGCCUUGAGCUCGGCGUCGCCGCAGCUCCCUGCCGCUGUUGCGGCGACGCAGCAGCACACCCCUGGUCCGGCGGGGGUUCAGCAGCUGGCGCAGCACCAGGUCGUUGGGACGGUGGGGCAGCAGCCACCGCCCCCUGCCUCGGCGACACUGCAGCAGCCGGCCAGGGGCAGGGAGGGACUGCAUGCAGUCCCGGCCACGCCUGGGCAGCAGCCGGCCUCGGGCCAGAGCGCCCCGUCGCCGGGCGGAGGGCCUGGGGUGGCGCCGUCCUCGCCCCGUGCGCCUCAGGAGGAGGGGCAGGACUGGUUGGGGAGGCGCCCCGGCCAGUCCCCUAUGUGGCGACGCAGCAGAUCCCCGGCGCCCUCGCCGCCUAUGGGGGUUUCGGCGUCGCGGUCGGGUUCGGUGCAGGGGGCUUCAUCGCCAUCUACCCCUGCAUCGAGAUCUUCUUCACCAGCGUCAGGACGGUCUUCUUCACCACGCUCGUCUCCGCCUCCGCCAGCGGCCCCCGUUUUGCAUCCUCCCCCCACUAUUCCUCCACCAGUGGCGCAGCCGCCGGUGAGGAGGAGUGGGAGGUUUGCUACGACGGACGGUGGCGUGGAGGCUACGGAUGAAGACGUGAUGCAGAGGGCUAUGCGGCGUAAGGCGGAAAAGAACCUCGACACGGCAGGUCAUCUACAGAUGUACAGGUAUUCUCCGUUCGUGGUUACCUCUUCAGCGAGUGGAGAACCGAGACCUGUUUACGGAGGUCUGUACACGGUUGGAGGCUACGGCGAGGGAUACUUUUUCCCAACAUGGGUGGCAGCAUAGUCUACGGAUAGAUGCCCCACCUAUCUCUUAGGCGUUUUAUGUUUCAUCUUGAUGUGUAUCUCGCCUAGUUUUUUCGUUUUAUCACUUUCGAACCUGAGACAACAUAAACGGCUGUGUGCAUCCUGGUUAUGCAGAGGCUGGAUGUAAUUGCUUAUAAAAGUAAUGAAAGCAUCC